AUGCAAUGUAAACCACACGGGACGUGCGUUAUUUUAAACAAUUUCAAUUUUAAUUACAAUGAAGAUAAAAGAUAUGGAUCGGAAGAAGACGUGACAAUGCUUAACAUAACAUUUAUGUAUUUAGGAUAUGAAGUUGUUUUGUAUGAGGAUAAGACAGCGUAUGAAAUAAAGAACAUUUUCGAAAACAUAUCUAAAGAUCGCAAAAAUUACAGUGCAGAUUCGUGUGUGGUUGUAAUUAUGUCGCAUGGUAGUGAGGGUAUAAUAUAUGGAACGUGUGGCGGCGAGGUCAUAUUAGAAGAGAUUUAUGAACAUUUUAAUAAUGAAACAUGCGACAUAAUGCGACAUGGAAAACCGAAGAUAUUUUUUAUUCAAGCAUGUAGAGGUGGAUACAAAUCAUAUAGAAAUCCAGUGUAUGGGUCAUGGUUUGUGCAACACUUAACACAUGUUUUAUUAACACGAGCACACAACACGGAUUUGUUGUGCAUGUUGUAUGAAGUAAGUUUUUUGUUUUAUUUAAAUUUAAUUGGUAAUUAAAUUUCAAAAAUAUGCAGUGUAUGUUGGAAUUGGAUAUUUGAAAGUUGUUAGAAUGCUGCACUAUUAGACUUACACAUUUAAUUAACGCUCAAACUAUAAUUGAAAAUAAUUGGUAGCUGUGAUUUAAAUUUUUUAAGUUAUUAAAGUAUGAAACCCAUAUUUUUAGAGCUCUAGAGUGGCCUAUUACAUUGAUCCAAUUUCUUAAUAAUAUUUCCCAGAUGAAUAAAUCGUUGUGAUCUUCUCAUUGGAUGAGGAUGGAAGAUUCAUUUCACAGGGAUGUUUCCUGUUGAAACCUGCUUUCAUUUGUAGUUUAUCCUGCAAUAAAUGAUUUUUUUACGUUCAUAUUGUAAUUACUUAUAUUACCAUUAAACUCAAACAUGUACAAUUUUGUUCAAUUCCAACAACUCCUUGGUUCAAUAAUUUUUAUAGCAAUGAGUGUUUAAUCUUCUAAAUGGCACUAACUAUAUUAACCUGUACCUCCUCCUUUUCCAGACAAUUCCUAUUUAUUAGUUUACUGAGUUCAUUAAUACACCGGGCAGAAAACUUCUCCUAGUCCGCACUGUUAAUAUCAAACUUCUUCCCUUUAAUUCUCUCUUUAACCUUUGGAAGUUGAAUCUUAAAACUUAUCGGCG